CUCCCACUUUGUCUCCGUCUCUUUCAUCUGGGUCAUUUUGCAGACAGAUUUAAAGAAUCAAUCAUCCUUUCUGCUAAUAAUACUUGGAUAGGAACGAUACCAGUUAUGGAAUCUUAGCUAGAAACAAUGAUCUUUCAAUAAUAUAGGAUCUGUAUUUUGAUCUCUAUACAUAUAUACGUGUGUGUAUAUAUAUAUAUAUAUAUAUAAAUAGAGAGAGAGAGAGAGAGAGAGAGAGAGAGAGAGAGAGAGGGUUGGGAUGUUUUUUGAGGCUGCAAAUGGAAAUGUGAUCUGCUUAUAGUGGCGGGCUAUAUUUUGUUGUUAUCUCUGAUUUAGCUAGGAGCAGAGAGCCCUAUGGCCAGAAGUAGUGAAGCUUCCGUGACGGAGUCCAAGAAUGAGUCAAAGAGGGUAGUUCCACUGAAUACAUGGGUCCUCAUCUCCAAUUUCAAGUUGGCUUACAAUCUAUUACGUCGUCCUGAUGGGACUUUCAACCGCCAUUUGGCUGAGUUUCUCGAUCGCAAGGUCCAGGCCGAUGCGAAUCCGAGUGAUGGGGUUUUCUCGUUUGAUAUUAUUAUCGAUCGUGAAGUAGGUCUACUAAGUAGGAUAUACCGGCCUGCGUUUGAUGAUGGAGGGGUGCCGAGUUUAACUGAGCUUGAAAAACCGGUGUGCUCUGAUGUGGUUCCCGUCAUUAUUUUCUUCCACGGUGGGAGUUUUGCGCACUCUUCUUGCAACAGUGCUAUCUAUGAUACUCUCUGCCGCCGUCUUGUUGGCAUUUGCAACGCCAUUGUUGUGUCGGUUAACUACCGGAGAGCGCCAGAGAAUAGGUAUCCUUCCGCUUAUGAUGAUGGGUGGACGGCUCUCAAGUGGGUGAACUCGAGGAAAUGGAUGCAGAGCAAAAUGGACUCUAAAGUUCAUGUUUACCUAGCGGGAGAUAGCUCGGGUGGUAAUAUUGUUCAUAACGUGGCUUUAAGAGCAGCCGAAUCGGAUAUCGAGGUGUUCGGGAGUAUAUUGCUGAAUCCAAUGUUUGGAGGGGAAAAGAGAACCGAGUCUGAAGAACGAUUGGAUGGGAAAUAUUUCGUAACACUUCAAGACCGAGAUUGGUAUUGGAGAGCCUUUCUCCCCGAAGGUGCAGAUAGGGACCAUCCGGCAUGCAACCCGUUCGGGCCAAACAGUAUAAAACUCGAAGGGGUUAAGUUCCCGAAGAGCCUCGUAGUCGUGGCGGGUUUGGACCUCAUUCAGGAUUGGCAGCUCGCUUAUGCCGAUGGACUCAAGAAGGCCGGGCAAGAGGUGAAACUUAUUUAUCUCGACAAGGCAACAAUCGGGUUCUACUUGUUGCCAAACAACGACCACUUCUACACCGUCAUGGAUGAGAUAAGUAACUUUGUCAUCAGUUCCGACUCUUGAAACUGCCAGAAACAUCAUGGUAUCGGAUUGAAGUUGUUAUCAUCGUAACGCUUGCCAAUUGCGUGUAAUAUUGUCUGUCUGUCUAGUUCCACUCGUUAUUGCUUUGUUAGUCAUACUAAGCUUGUGCCUAGACAAUAACGGUACGAGUAUUUUGGGAACUGGUUUAUUGGUUGUGUUGUAUAGUGCAUUAUCGUAAGAUCGAGCAGGUUGACCUAUAAGCCUCUGAAUCUGCGGAUUACAUUAACAUUUCCGACUUCUGGCCUCGAAACGAGAGAGAGAGAGAGGAAGAAGGGUGAAUGUGGUGCUGAUCUAUGAGAGAGAGACCAGCAUCAUAUCUUUGCUAAUGUUAUAUAGCUAAACAUAUACAACUUUAGUAGUUCAUGGAUGGAGAUUGGAGAACAUCCUUAAUUAGAUCAGUGAAUUUGUAAUAUAACUAGAAUUAUAACCACUUAUGAUGUUUGCUUUUAUAUGUUGUAUUGCAGUAUGCCCUACCAGGUGUGUAUUGUUAGUACUUGUUUCU